AUGAAGUCCUUGGCUAUCCUAUCAUCGCUUGCCCUCCUGCCAGGCACCUUGAGUGCGACCAUCUACCUGGCAGGUGAUUCGACCAUGGCCAAGAACGGAGCCGGAAGUGGCACAAACACUGACGGGUGGGGUCAGUACAUCUCCUCCUCCGUUUCCGCCACAGUAUCGAACCAGGCAAUUGGCGGCCGCAGUGCCCGCUCUUAUACCCGAGAAGGCCGUUUCCAAGCCAUCGCAGACGUCCUGAAGGCAGGCGACUAUGUAGUCAUCGAGUUCGGGCACAACGACGGCGGCUCCCUUUCCACCACCGAUAAUGGCCGGACAGACUGUCCGGGAACAGGCGACGAGACCUGCACUACCACGUAUAACGGUGUCACCGAAACCGUGCUCACCUUCCCCAAGUACUUGGAGAAUGCUGCGCAGUUGUUUCUGGCCAAGGGCGCCAAGGUGCUGAUCUCCAGUCAAACGCCAAACAAUCCGUGGGAGACCGGCACCUUUUCCUAUUCUCCGUCGCGCUUCGUCGGUUACGCCGAGUUGGCUGCACAGGUAGCUGGCGUGGAUUAUGUGGACCAUGGCGCCUAUGUGGCCGACAUCUUUGAGUCUCUGGGCCUAUCGACUGUCGACUCAUAUUUCCCAAAUGACCACACCCAUACCAGCCCUGCAGGAGCUCAAGUUGUUGCCAACGCUUUCCUCAAGGCUGUAGUGUGCAGGGGCGUUGCUCUGAAGGACGUCUUGAAAACAACGAGUUUUGCUGGCGAGUGCUUGUGA